GCAACCUCCAAAAACACAACUUAGAUCCCAAUACUUUUACUAGAAAUGGGAACCAAUACGAAGAUGUCUUCAAUGACCACACUUUUAAUCACUCUUGCGGUGGUUAUUGUUUCUUUAAGCUUGCCGUCAUUAACCACCGCCACCUACCACUACUCAUCUCCACCACCUCCUCCACCAAAGAAAUCUCCACCACCUCCACCGGUUUACAAAUCACCACCACCACCGGUUCACAAGUCACCACCACCCCCUAUUUACAAGUCUCCACCACCCCCGGUUUACAAAUCACCACCACCACCGGUUCACUACUCACCACCACCACCGGUUUACAAGUCACCACCUCCCCCGGUUUACAAAUCACCACCACCACCGGUUUACAAGUCACCACCACCACCGGUUCACUACUCACCACCACCACCGGUUUACAAGUCACCACCUCCCCCGGUUUACAAGUCACCACCACCACCGGUUCAUAAGUCACCACCACCCCCUAUUUACAAGUCUCCACCACCCCCGGUUUACAAAUCACCACCACCACCGGUUCACAAGUCACCACCUCCACCGGUUUAUAAAUCACCACCACCACCGGUUCACAAGUCACCACCAAAGACACCUUAUGUAUACAAGUCACCCCCACCACCCGUGAAAAAAUACCCACCACCACAUUACACUUACAAAUCACCACCUCCUCCUUACCACCACUAAAGGGGGACUGUGGUUUUAGAGUUCUUUCCAUGCUUGCUGCAUUAAAGAAAUAAAUAUAUAUGAGAUUAUACUUUGGAGAUUCUAGUAGAUGGAGACAAAAUCAGGACAAGAAUGGUUCAAAGAUGUAUGGAAAGGGCUUUUAUCUUCAUGUAUUCAAUAAAUAGUUAAUCUUCUGUUUGUGUUUGAGAAUAAAGAAAUUAGUAGCAAAAAGAUAAGUUGUUCUUGUACUUCCUUUAUAUUCUGUUUCAUGCUUUAAUAAUUAGCCCACUCUUUUAACU